CCUUAAGAUGAGUUAUCAACCCUUUUAUACAGUGAAUUUUGAUGGUAAAACACCAUUGGCGACCAGAUGAGUGAUUGGUGGAUUUAACUAUUUUUUUACGUAACCUCAGAUCACAAACUUGAAAACGAAAAAGUGAACUAUAUUCGGAAACUUUCAUUCUUCUUAUCUGUCAACAUUCAAAGAUGAUACGCUAAUUAAUAGAUUUAUAAAAAGAGUUAUGCUAUUCACCUAUUUGCCUCCUAACCUACGUCUACGCAGGAAUCAGCCUCCUCGGCUGAUUGGCAGGCAGAUGAUGAGUGGUACAGUAGGUGUGGUUAACAUUUCUAAAACGUAACUUUUGAUCAACAAUUCAUAAGCGAAGAAGUGAAGCAGAGAACUAAAUAAUUUAACUUUGAUUCUCUUUAUAUGUCAACAUCAAAAAACAGUAUUCUAUAAAGAGUUGUGCCAUUGUCCUAUUGGGGACUAGGUAAGGCGAGGUGAGCGAUUGCUUCGGAGUAUACGCCCUGCGGCCAAUAUUGGAACUAAAAUAAACGGUGGUGGACAACGAUGCGAGAAUUCAACAACAUCCUCCUGCGGUGGAUCAUAACUGGUCAUCUUUCAAGAGUUCCAGUAGCGGCAGCAAUCUUGGCCGUGACAUUCACUGGACAGUGGCUAACAGCCGAAAUCGCAGAGAUACUCCAGUAAAAAUGGAUGGAGGUGGCAGCAGCCACCAAACCUGGAAUGACGAAGAAGAGGUCACUCUCUACUGUUCCAAUUUCCUGGUCAAUUCGACCGUGGCGCUCGAAUGUGGACAAUAUCUAGUCGGCAAUUUCAUUAUGAAGGCUAUCCAGAUCUGCGUUGAAGAUGUCAGCCGCAAUGAGGACCCCGCCUGGGCUCAAGAGUCCUUGGGUCUCCUGGAAGAUCAGUGUGAAGUAGAAGCCACAUAUCGAAGAGCUUCUGAUUGGCCACGAAAUAUUCUCGGGCGCCCUGUUAUUCCGCCAAUCAUAAUCGAAGCUCUUAAUUGCCCCAAUCGCUGUUCCCACCAGGGCGUCUGUUUACCUUACGGAUGCGUUUGUCAGCCUGGAUUUUACAGAAGUGAUUGCAGUCUAAUGGAUGAUACUCCUCCACGGAUCGAGAAAGUUGGCGAUGGGGAUGGAUUGUGUGAUCUUCGCGCAAGCGACUGCCGGAAAAUCAAAAUCGUUGGUUGUGGAUUCAUUGAUUCAUCCCGUUUGAAUUGCCAGAUACAUCCAGGCCGCUAUGACGGGUCCAGUUGGCAACGUGGCAGCUAUAACAACCGCAGCAUUCCAUCAUCGGCUCAGUUUAUUGGUCAAAAACGAAUUAUUUGCCACUUGCUGGUGACGGGCUCAAAUCGUCGCCACGUGCUGGACGAUGUCAGCGAAGAGUUGCACUUGGAAAUCCGCGUCACCAACGACGGCAUCCGUUAUAGUGUACCAACAAGUCGACUUACUAUCUACCACUCUGGAUGUCGAUCGUGCCCAGCCAAAAAAGACAGCUGGCCAUUAUGUGGUGAUCGGGAAGACGUAUGUUAUCUGGACAACUCUUGCUACCCAGACGGGGAGGUCAAUCCGCAUAAUCCGUGCCAGAGCUGUAGUUUGGAUCAUCCCCAAUCCUGGAGCAUUAAUCCCAACAACUUACCCCCUGUCGUCUCUAAUCGGCUGAAAACGACAGCCUACGAUGGCCACGUGUUAGAGUACUUCAUCCAUGCUGUAGAUCAAGAUCCGCUGCAUUUUGGAUUGGUCGAUCCGCUUUCCGACGCCCAAGUGACGCCGGAAGGAAUUUUCCGCUGGAAGGCCGUCUCAAAUGCGCUGUCUCCAUUCAAUCACGAGACUUUUGCACUCACCGUUUCCGACCAAUGUAAUCAUCCUGUUCAUUUCCAUCUACACGUCGAUGUACUACCCUGUCCGUGCCUAAACGGAGGUACGUGCCGUAAUCCGCCAGACGAUUUCAUCACGUCCAAUCAGAUCGAUCCGACGUACCGCUGCCAUUGCAGAGAGGGGUUCACAGACCCAGAUUGUGGCAUUCGGAUCGAUUUCUGCGACCCUAACCCCUGCCGUGAUGGAUUAUGCUUGAACGAAGUCGAUGGCUAUGUCUGCGACUGUUUCCCAGGCUUUAAAGGCAUCCAUUGCGAUCAAAAGGAUGAAUCCUUAAUCGAGAAUGCUCUCUCUCCAAUCAUGAUAACUAAGCACAACGAUACUUUUUCCAAACAAGACGGUUGUACGGUUCCUUGUCAAAAUGGAGGGACUUGUAUGAGGCGGAAUCGUUGCCAAUGUCCCGAAGGUUUUGUAGGUAGACAAUGCCAGUGGACUGCGCCAACGUGUCAUCCAAGCUGCCUUAAUGGCGGACACUGCAGCCGCCGGAAAGUUUGCGCAUGCAAAAAAGGCUGGACUGGUUCUCGUUGUGAAACUGCGAUUUGUGGGCAGCCUUGUUUGAAUGGAGGUGUUUGCUCAGCUCCUGGCAAAUGCACAUGUCCAGAUGAAUAUCAUGGAUCCAGAUGUCAAAAAGCUAUAUGCAAACCAAAAUGUCGAAGAGGUGGUAAAUGCAUUGGACCGGGAAUAUGUCUCUGUCGGGCAGGUUUCGGUGGAUCAAACUGCGAACUGCGUCUGUCAUCAGCUGGGAAAAGAAAUUGGAAGAAAGCAAACUCUGUCGGUAAAGCCAAGACCAUUUUCCUGGAAACUUGAAAGAAUGAAAAACAUAAUUAUUGUAUCUUAACAAUUCACUCGAUCUUACUUCGUAAUCGGCUCGUAAAUUUUCUUCUUUGAACCCAACCAAUACCGAGUCGUUAACGUAUUUAACUUGCCGUCACGUCAAUUUUACACAAUGGUUAUUGUGUGUGUAGCUGGGACUUGGCCGAAUGUUGUAGCCCACUUUGCUCACUGCCAUCUGUACAGUAAUUUUUUUUAUCUUUUUUUGUAUUAUUUUUUUUUUUUGCAUUACGAAAUGGAGGAUCAAACAUUGUCGCGACUUACAUCACAAUACAAUAACUAUUUUAUUUCUAGAUUUAGCCUUCGCAGUACGAAUAAUAAGAAUAGUUUGAUUUUACUUGAGAGCCCUCAAUUGCCGUUUUUAUUUUUCUGGGUGCCUGUUCAUCGCUGAAAAUGUUUCAUUCCUAGUCGAUUGCAGACGAAUGGGGUCGCAAGGAAAGAGUCGUGGGGAUGACACAUGGCUUCACUUUCGUGUUAUUUUCAUAAAACUUAGGUUUGAAAAAUAUGAAUAAUAUAAUAAUAUGCUUGAUCUAAUGUCAGACUGUGUGAGGCUGAAAGGCAGUCUUACAAAAAUGGAUUUGAGAUUAUCAAUGAGAAAAAUGUGUUAUUAUGCUAUGUAGCAUGAAUAGGGACUUGGUUACUUUACACAAAACUGGAAGGGCCAUUGCAUUACUUCCUCAUCCAUCUUGGCAAUUGGUUUGGUAAAGCGAUCAAUGCCAGGGAAUUUUAGCAAUUAACCUGCAUUUUCAAGAUGUCUUGAAUUCCUCCCACAUAAUUGGUUAAACGAGUGAAAAUGGCCACUUUCUCACUCUGAAGUUUUCCGUCACUGGUUUUCAGAAGGAAGAUAGUGAUUCCAAUCUGAGUGUUGUUGCUUAUUAUUGGACCACCCUCAUCCCCCUGAAAUGAAUCAAACAGCACACAGAUAACAUUCUGAAGGAAAGUACAAUUAAACCUUACCUUUCAAACACUCCAGCCUUCAGUUCUUUCAGCACAGAGGUGAUAUACGAGACGCGGCACCCAAUUUCAAUCGAAAGUCGUUAUGCAAUUUCCGAAACUUCUCCUUCAAAUAAGCCAUCUGUAUCGCAACCAUAUUCCAUAUCCUCUCUUCCCUGUUGCGUGGCCAAAUGCGUAAUAUUUUAGGGAACCAUUUAUCUUUCGACAAUUUCUUCAAUGUGCCGUACUACCUUGCAAGCUUGAUCUGCAGACUGCAGUCUCAUCUCCUUGAUUCAGAGUGAGCCGAUUAAAUGGCGAAGGAAACAGCUGGCCUGGCUUGGUCUCAAUCUCUCACAAAUACUCAAAAGGAUUAAGAAUCCCGCAAUAGUUCUGGCAGGCGUUAGCUUUUCGCCAUCAAGCCUGUAAUCUUACUGGUAGAUGGUAUGAACAUGUUUCUUUUCAAAUGAAAUAGAAGAAAAACGUUUCAUUCUGCAUAGUGCUAAAGCAGGUAUGCGACUGUCAGCGGCAACAUGCUAUACCUACUGCUAGUGUUAUCCGUUUUCGUUAUUGGAUUGCUCUUUUGGCUUUGGCGGUGGGAAUGCUCUUCAUUCGUAAGACAAAUCGACCGAAUUCCUGGACCGCCCAAAGUUCCGUUCUUCGGGAACGUGUUUGCGAUUCCCCGAGAUGGCUCAGGUAAAUAAAAUGUUUAUCGAACCUUUUAAGGGCUAGUCAGAUUAAAGGAAAGGCACAGCCCACUAUAACGUUCCCCAGUUGGUUUACGAUACCUUUAAAUCAGUCAAGUCUUUCUCGCACGCCAUGGCGGAAUAAACAGGUACACAAGAUCUUUAAUAGAGUCGAAGGAAGGAAAAGAAAAACUGUUGUCAGAGAAUGCUUAAGGGUGGACUUCAGGCAGCUUUCUUCCAGACAGAAAAACCAGAACCCUCCGUUUCAAAACAACUAAUCUUUUCUAAAUUUAUCCAUGUACUUUCUUUUGUCUUCAGAAUUUCUUCAUACCUUGCAUGUAAAAUGGAUCAGGAAGUACGGCCGCAUCUACCGGACGUGGAAAGGUACAAGUGCUAUUGUUUCGAUUUCUUCCCCACAACAUGUCGAGCGCCUUCUCACUAGCCAGAAAAACAUUGACAAGAGCAGCUAUUAUGCUUUUCUUGAGCCUUGGCUGGGAAAUGGCUUGCUAUUGUCAUCAGGUGAAAAAUGGAAAAAGAUAGGCGUUUGGUGACGCCGGCCUUUCACUUUCAGAUCCUUGGUGAUUUCUUUGAUGUCUUUAAUCGAAACGCUGUCAUCUUAAUCGAUCAAAUCGUCAAUCGGCUGGUAGACAACAAGGAAAUGGACAUUUUCCCAUUGAUUUCACGCUGCACAUUGGAUAUCAUCUCAGGGCAGGCAGGCCAUACCGCCAUAGACAACAACCACAUGAAACGUGACGGUCAUUUCGGCAAGGACGUGCGUGUGAAUGUUCUCCUAGUUGUCUGUACACCAUGUCCGUUAUAGUUGAAGAUCAAAGUUUUGGUGUGACAUGUGUUACUUGGAAAUGUGAUAUGAGUUGCAAAACUGGUUUAUUCGAAAAAGUGAACUUAAAGUUGAAUAGAAUUCCAAGCCACACAUCUUACUUAGAAAUCUUCUGGUUUAAUCACGGAGAUCGAUGGGGUGCUCAUUCGCUUGCUGAACAUCCUAUUUCAUUUUGUCUGAAGGAGUUCCAUGAAGGGGAAAUGAAAAGUAGUCAACUUCCGUUAAAACAAGUUCCAAAAAGAGAUGCUAUUCCCUUUUAUUACCGCCAACCUCACGCCGUUUGGGUCACUGUCGACGUAGAUCACUUCAAAGAAACCUCGAAAGUCUUCCUGAGUAAAGAAUGCAACGAUUUGGACGACCAUGUUGCAGCCAUUUGGAAAUCGAUAAAAGUAUCCUUUACACCUACUUCGAGAAAGUUUUCAUUCAAGUUUUUUCUUCAUUUUAAUAAUUUCGGCAUUAGUGAAGUGAAAGCCGGCAAUAUUUUAACAGACUACUUUUUUCUUCAACAAACAAACUGUGAUGUUCAUUUUCGUUUCCCGUUGGGAAAGAAGAUCGGUGGUCACAUUUCCAUUAUUGCAGCUACUAGCCCUGUUUUUGCGGCCAUGUUCAGGCAUAACAUGAAAGAAUCAAAGACUGGUGAAGUCGUCAUCAAAGACAUCGAAAGAGACAUUUUCUAUGAGUUGCUUCACUACAUUUACUCGGGUCGGACAUCCGUGGCGAUGACUGAAGCCAUUGCCCAAUCAUUGAUAGCAGCAGCUGAAAAGUACAAUAUUCCUGAUCUGAAAAAUGAAUGUGCAGGUUUUCUAUUGGCACGAGUGACGGAUUCCACAGCUCAGAUAAUCUUUGAGGUAGCCGAUCGAUAUCACAUCCAGGAGCUGAAGGAGGAGUGUAUUCAAAUUCUCAUGUCACGCAUUGAAAUAAAGAAUGUCAUUCCGUUGAUUAUCUGGGCGAAUAAGAAACAUGCACAUAAAGUUAAAGGAGCAGGACUUCAUUUCAUAAAGAAAAAUUUCCAAGCCGUUUGUCAAUCUAAAGACUACGAAAACAUGAUGUUCCAGUUUCCUGAUCUCUGUUUGGAAGCAACAAGGUGCACGUACCGUUGAUGCCUUUCAAAAUCACCCUAAGCUUAUUUCCUCAUCAAGAUGCCGAAAAAGUUUUAUCGGGGAAGUCGAUUGUCUCCAGUUUCCUCCAUUUGUAUUUCGUUUCUUUUUCUCAAAUGUUGUUGCACUGUAAUGAAGAAAAUAAUUUUAAAUCACCAAGUUUUCCGUUUUGCUCUUAAGCCUUUAGUUCUUACUUAACAAAGAAAACCAAAAACGUAAAUGUCUUUUGGAACCAACCUUAGUAAUCCGCCAAAAUUGAAAAUGGAAUUUUGUUGCUUGGCUUAAGACGACAAUCAUGUUAAGUACGAAGAGUCCAAGAAAAAUGUCUCCUAUUAAUGUUUAGAAAGACGAUUUCACUUGGCACGUUGCGUACAUCAUUUUUUCGGCUGACGGCGCGUAUGUUUGUCGCAUCGGAUUCAACGUUUUGUUAAGGUGGCCAAUCAAAUUGAGAGAAGUGAAUAAAAAUGAUUUUUAAAACUUAAAA